CUCCCGCCGGGCGCGAUGGAUAUAACGGAGGUCACGGUGGUGCACCACGCCGCGCUGGUGCUGGCCGCGCUCUGGGCCGCCGCGUACGCCGGCUGGGCGCACCCGGCCAUCUUCCUCGCCGCCCUCGUUUACCUAUUCGCGGUGAAUGAACGGUACACAAUGAGACUGCGGAAGCGAUUACAAUAUGAAGAAAGGAAAAGUGCCAACCAAAGAAGGCUCCUCUCGGAUGCAGAGACAGUCAGGUGGUUAAAUUAUGCGGUUGAAAAGAUCUGGCCAGUUUGCCUGGAAAGGGUUGCAUCCCAACAGUUCCUUCUGCCCAUAUUCCCAUGGUUCAUAAACAAGUUCAAACCAUGGACCGCAAGGAAAGCAGAGAUCCAGAACCUUUACUUGGGUAGGAAUCCGCCGAUGUUUACAGAUAUUAGGGUCGUCAGCCAAUCAACUGAUGAUGACCAUCUGGUUCUGGAGAUUGGAAUGAACUUCCUUGCCGCAGAUGAUAUGGAUGCAAGGAUGGCUGUGCAGCUAAGGAAGAGAUUAGGGUUUGGUAUUACAGCAAACAUGCAUAUAACUGGCAUGCAUGUUGAAGGCAAAGUCCUUGUUGGUGUGAGGUUCCUUCGACAGUGGCCUUUUAUUGGUCGUGUAAGAGUAUGCUUUGUUGAGCCUCCAUACUUUCAGAUGACGGUGAAACCUUUAUUUGGUCAUGGGCUUGACGUGACUGAACUGCCAGGAAUUUCUGGAUGGCUUGACAGGAUGUUGGAUGUUGCCUUUGGACAGACCCUUGUUGAGCCUAACAUGCUAGUUAUUGAUAUGGAGAAGUUUGCCUCGGAAUCGGAAUCUGCAGGUAACUGGUUUACUGUUGAUGAGAAGCCACCCAUUGCACAUGCCAAGGUAGAGAUCUUGGAAGGGGCUGAUAUGAAACCUUCUGAUCCAAAUGGUUUAUCAGAUCCAUAUGUUAAAGGCCAUCUUGGUCCGUACCGUUUCCAGACAAAGAUCCAUAAGAAAACUCUCAACCCCAAAUGGCAGGAGCAGUUUAAAAUACCAAUUACUUCAUGGGAAUCGCUCAAUCUUCUUUCUCUUCAAGUUCGAGACAAGGACCAUAUCUUUGAUGACGCGCUUGGUAACUGUUCAGUUAGUAUCAACAAAUUGAGAGGGGGACAAAGACACGAUAUAUGGAUUGCACUAAAGCAUAUAAAGACAGGGAGGAUACAUAUAGCUGUAACUGUACUUGAAGAUGAAAAUGAAAAGGUACCCAAUGAUGAAGAUGAGCAGUGUGGAACACCAAAAGAGGGGAAAGCUAGCACACCGAGGUCUAGCAUUUCUUCCAGGACCAAAACUGAGAGUGCAACAUCUGCGGAAUACCAGAAGAUGUCUGAUGAAUACGAACAAGUGGAUAUCGAAGGACUGGAUAAGGCUGGUGUGUGGGUACAUCGGCCUGGCAGCGACGUGGCCGCUACCUGGGAGCCUCGGAAAGGACGAGUGCGGUGCCAGGACUCCCAAAUACUACGGGAAAAUGAUGCCUGCAGUGAUAGCCCUAGGUCAUCAAUGUCGGACUCUCAGACAAGCAACUCCAGCACUGAAGAACCAGCCAGUGGUAAAUCACAUCGUCACAUUCGGAAGGUAAAAAAGGGUUUGGUCAAACUAGCUGGAGCUAUGCGCCGCAAGAGCCCCAAGAACGGGAGCGACGAUGAAACUUCUCUAUGCGAAACGCCUCGCCCAAACAUACAGCCUUUUGGAGAAAGCAGGGUAUCGGUAACAUAUGUGGUCGAUGAAGGUGUGGGGAACAACAGGACGGAGCAGAGGCCUGAUGACCAGCAUUCCAGCCCCGAGAGAGGCGAGGUCAAAAGCCCAACCAAAAGGCAGCUGAGGAACAAGGCAGUGCAUUUGGUGAAACAUGCAGGGAAAACCGCUCAGAGCCUGAAAAGCAUGUUGAGCAGGAAAGGUCUUGACAAGAGCAAAGAAGACGAGGAAGAUGAGGAAGAUGAUCUCGAUGUAAUGAGAGUCGACUCUCCUGCACACGACAGAACUGAGUGACACCGGAGUUCGUAGUUGAUAGCAGGGACAAAGCGCUGUAGAACUUCUAUUACAGUAUUAUAGUUAGCAAUGGUUCUUUUUUUUUAGAGAGAAUCUGGCAAUGGUUGUGGAUACCCAAACUGAACCCACAUGGGGAUUUUGGCAAUCAACUCAUUUGGUCCUUGGCCCGACGAAUAAAGGCAUGACCAUUUGGGCAGUUGGGUCUGCCUCAUACCGUAAUCGGGUCAAUGGGACGUCAUCAAGUGACCUGGUUGCCCUCAACAACAAAAAGGUGACCUGAUCAACAGGGUCGACCCACCUCUCAGACUUGGACUUUGUAGUUCAGUUAGCUCUAAUUAA